AUGGCCAGAGGUCGCAUCCUAGUCAUUGCUGGUUCCGAUAGCUCGGGCGGAGCGUAAGUUCUCUCAAAUUCUCCUUCGCCCUUUCCGUUGGGAGUCGAACCUCACUGAUUUCCUGCUCAGGGGUCUGGAAGCAGAUCAGAAGGUGAUUGCUGCCCAUGGGUGUUAUGCUAUGCCGACCACCACGGCACUUACGGCUCAGAAUACGAUGGGUGUGUUUGAUAUUCAUCAUACGCCUCCGGAGUUUGUGGGCAAGUUGAUUGGGUUGUGUGUUAGUGAUAUUGGGGUUGAUGUUGUGAAGACUGGUCUGUUUUUCCUCCUUCGAACAUAUUCACAAUGUAUCCUGUUUUUUGGUGGGUGUGAGUGUGCAUGUAUGUGUGUUGGCUGAUGGUUUGGUGUAGGUAUGUUGGCGUCGGCGGAGACUAUUAGGGUUAUUGCUGUUGAGCUGGAAAAGUUUGAUGUUAAGACUUUGGUGGUUGAUCCUGUAUGUCCAUACGCUUAUAGUGGUUAUCUGGAGAAAGUGUUAAUGGAAACAGGUCAUGGUCUCAACAUCUGGAUCCCAUCUAUUGCCGGAAAGUGCGGUCAGACACUUGAUUGACCUUCUUCUCCCAAAAGCUACCAUAGUAACACCCAAUAUCCCGGAAGCGAAACUCAUUCUUUCGCAAGCUGGUAUGUCGACGAGCGGAUUGCAGAAUUCAGGGGAGAUGAUAGAAAUUGCCAAAUUGGUGCAAUCUCUAGGACCGAAAUACGUUCUGGUGAAAGGCGGUCAUCUCCCUCUUCGUAAGGAUGGCACGGUAGCGAGGAAUGAGGAGGAGAAAGAGGUUGUGGUUGAUGUUCUUUUUGGAGAGGGCCAGGUUACGAUGAUCGAGAGUCCGUAUUUGAGGUCGAGGAAUACUCAUGGGACGGGGUGUUCGCUUGCUUGUAAGUCCCCUUUCCUUGUGCUGGAAAAAUAAGGUACGAGGAUAGAGGUUGAUUCUGGGGUUAGCUGCGAUAGCAUCGAAUCUUGCGAAUGGGAUGGAGAUGGUGAGGGCUGUGAAGAGUGCUUGUCGGUAUGUUGAGGCGGGUAUUAGGACGAGUGUUGAGAUGGGGAAGGGGAAUGGACCGAUUAACCAUUUUCAUUCGGUGUAUUCUUUGCCUUUUGCUCCGUGAGUUAUUCCUCGUGCCUUUCUUCCACAUCCGGGGUGGAGAAUCAAGCUGACUUGUUUAGUGGACGUUUUAUUGAGUAUCUGUUGGAACGGCCUGAUGUGCAAGAAGCUUGGAAGGAACAUACUGAGCAUGAUUUUGUUGCUGGCAUGGCUGAUGGUACCUUACCUAUUGAGUCAUUCAAGUAUUACUUGAUUCAGGAUUAUCUGUACUUGGUGCGUGAAGUUUAGGCGAACAUUGAGCAUUCAUCUGAUUUAUGUAUACCAGAUCCAGUUUGCAAGAGCGAAUGCUCUAGCGGGAUACAAAGCGAAAACGAUGGAAGACAUCGGUGCUGUAAGUCGCUAAACUUACCCGAGUGACUUGGCAUAGGGAGAAACUGACAGUUUGCAGGCCGCAAAGAUAGUAGCUCAUAUCCACCAUGAGAUGUCUUUGCAUAUUGGGUAUUGUGAGGGCUUUGGUAUAUCGAAGGAAGAGAUGGAAGCUACAGAAGAGAGUCAAGGUACCAUUCACCGGUCCCCGGUAUGGAUUGGUACUAACAUAGUUGAAUAGCAUGCACCGCAUACACAAGGUGACUUCUCGAAACACAGCUAUGAAGGCCCGGACUGAUACAAGAUACAGAUAUGUUCUCGACAUCGGACAAUCCGAAGACUGGCUAGCCCUUCAAGUUUCCAUGGCACCUUGUCUCAUAGGAUAUGGUCAAAUUGCUCAACGGCUGCAUGCUGAUCCGAAAACGAAACGGGAGGGAAAUAUCUAUUGGAAGUGGAUUCAGAAUUACGUUGCUGAUGAUUAUUCGGAAGCAGUACGGAUUGGUUCUGGUGAGCAGGUUAUAAAUGUCUGAUGGUGGGCGAUACUUACAAGAUAUUCAGAACUUCUGGAACGACAUCUCGUGUUGCAGUCACCAAGUCGGGUAGAGGAACUGGUCAAGAUAUUCGUGCAUGCUACGAAGGUAUGUGAUCCUUUCCGGAAUACAUGGGUGAUUUUAUACUGAUUAUUUUCUGGUUUGUAGAUGGAGACUGGGUUCUGGGAUAUGGGGAGUAUUUCGCGUUAGGAAUUUUUCCGUGCAGGAGUCUCGGAUAGAGGGAUCUGGAAGGUUUGGGGUGAUAAGGGAGACUUCGUGAACAUGAAGGACUAAAGAGGAUUGUAGGAUUAGAUGGUAUCAAAGUCAAUAGCAAGUUUCAUAAUACA